UAGCAUUUUCCACUUACUCUUUGUGAGACCAACAGAGACUAGAAGAAGUUCAUAAACCACAGAGAGAGAGAGAGAGAGAGAGAGAGAGAGAGCGAUCAGAAAUUCCAAGCAAUGGCUUCCAUCACCAUGACAACCUCAUUCCAUGGUGUCUCCGCCACCACGAGAGCCACCAAACAACUGCCCACAACCGCCCGCCGUCUAGUGGUCAUCCCCAAGGCCUCAAGUAUCACAGAAACUGAAAAAACUGGAAUUGUCAUGGCCAAGGCCUCAAGAGGCACAGAAGCUGAAAUAUUUGUGACCAGUUACAAAAGCAACGAAGAGAAGAUCAAUGGGAGGAGGGACCUGGUUUUCGCUGCGGCAGCUGUGGCAGCAUGCUCGGUUGCGAAAAUUGCCAUGGCCGAUGAGCCGAAGCGGGGGACAUCGGAGGCUUUGAAGAAGUAUGGAUCUGUCUGUGUUACAAUGCCUACUGCUCGUAUUUGUCACAAGUGACGAUGAAUUGUUUCAAGAUUUUCAGAUGUUCUAUCAAGGCUUUAAUUUCCUAUCUCUUGGGGAAAGUAGUAUAUAUAUGUAUUUGUUAUGUUACCUCCAAAUAAUAGGAGGCAUGUUGUCUACUAUCAUUUUCUUGCUAUCCCACAACCUAGCAGUUAUUUUUUCAUUUCUUAUUUUUUAGAGAACAAAAAAAAGAUGUAAUAAGUACAAGGGAUAAAAGAUACAUUGAAACCCCAAAGUAAUUAAGU